AUGGGUCAUGUUCUUACAUUAUUAAGGCAACAGUUUUAUGACAAUUACAAAAAGAUGUCGAAGGCCACAUUAUGGAAUAACAUAUUAUCAGAUUCUCAAUUAGAGAAAUAUGGUUUAAUCCCUGAAGAAGUCUACAAAAAUACAACUUUAAGCUCUGAUUCAUUUCAAACUCUUCAAUCCUUCAAAUUAUCACCAGAAAAUUCAUGUGAAGAUGAUCAACAUACAUCUAUAGAUAGUGCAUUAUUGAAGCCGAAUUCAGAUUAUGCAAAGAAAUGUACUCCAAAAGAAUAUUUAAAACGUUUCAUAUUUCCUAUACUUUUGCCUGCUAUGGAAGCAAUGCUUGAACAAGCUAAACGAAGUCACUGUUUUGAGAAAAAACGUUUCGGAUUCAAUGGAUUGGAUUUUUUAACAUUCUAUUUAUAUAAAAAUAAUCUAUAUAUGAAAGAAGAUUAUGAUCGUAAAAAUAUACAACACAUAUUAAAUAUACCAUGGGUUAUUGAAGAAUUGAAAAAACAUCCACGUAAACCAUUACCACUUAGUUUACAAUGGACAGAUGAAGAAGCAGCAAUUAAAUUACAAUCAUAUUGGAGAGGUUAUUUGGUAAGGAAAAUCCCAGAAGUUUGUGAACUUAGACAAUGGCAAAUGGAAUGGAGAAGAUAUAAUCGAUUGAAAGCUAAUCAAUUGGAGUAACUUAAUGUAAAAAAAAUGUCCUAAUGUUAUUCCAAAGAAAAUACCCAGUUACAACUACAAUUUGGUGAUUUGUAAUCAGUUCUUAAUUGAUGUAUAGUGACCAGUUAUAAAAAAGAAUACUGUG